UUUUUAUAUCAAUUUCCAUUCUAUCAAAAAUUGUUCUUCGACAAUUUACGAUUGUAGUCAUUGUAUUAUUUUAUAUCGCUUGUCCAAGUGAUACUUUUAAAUGGUCAGGCUUGGUUACGUCAAAAAAAACCUGUAACAAGUGAUCAUCGUGCAUUUUUGAAAAGAAGAAGACGAAGGAGAAGAAGAAGGAGAAGAAGAAAAAGAAGGAGAAAUGCCAGACAGUGGUGCUGUUUAUCAACCUACGACGGUAGGAUACACGUAUGAUAGUGGAGGUGAUGGUACCGGUGGUAGUGCUGGUGGAAUAAGAAGUGGUUUUUGGAGAAUUGCAUCGAGGCAUAAGAUUAAUUCAAGAAAAUGGCUAGAAUGGACAUUAUUGUCUGUUGGAUUGUCCUUCUUCGUCGUUGGACUCACUACAAUGCUUGUGAGUCUGGUCUCAACCGACAACAUUAAUCAACGAACGACAGAGGUAAAGCAGGAAUCAUCUUCGACUAGUACAACUAUUCAAGUGGAGGAGAAUAUUGAAGGAGCUUCUAAGGGAUCUGUAGCAUUAGGAGCAGGAAUGAUAUUUGUCGGAAUAUUAUUGAAUGUUGUUUGGGCAUGGCUUCGAUUCUUCCAACGUAACAAAUCACCAAGGAGUGGAAUUACUGGAGGUAGUGGUCAGAUGUUGGGCGGUUUGAAUCCAUCGACUGACUUGCUGGUGGGUUCCACUUCGCAGUACGGGCCAGUACUUACGGAGUUGCCGAGUCAGCUGAAAUUAAAGGAAGCUAAUAUACAUGAGACGCUAGUAGCACCACUUUCUGAUCAAGAAGAAGAAACCCUUACUUUAAUGCUGGAUUCUAAUACUUCUACAACGCUUGUUGCUGACCCUAAUAGUGCUGAUAACCAGAUUCCAGUUUACUUCUAAUAGUAAAUGUCUACAAAGGGAAACUGUCUAUCUGCUGAUUGGACAUAAUCGAUUUAACUAUUUUAUUUACAUUUUUUAUUAAAGUUAUUUAUCUAUUAAAUUAUUUUUUAAGUAAUU